AUGCAAUUCUCCUCCGUUGUCGCCUUAGUCUCUAUUGUUUCUUUAACCAGAGCCGCUGUCUCCCAAAUUGGUGACGGUCAGGUCCAAGCUGCUACUGCCGCUUCUACCGUUGCUGCCGUCUCCCAAAUCACUGACGGCCAAAUCCAAGCCACCACCGCCGCUGCUCAAAACACUGUCGCUGCUGUUUCUCAAAUCACCGACGGUCAAAUCCAAGCCACCAAGGGCAACGCUACCGUCUCCGUCCAAACCGAAAACGGUGCCGCUAGAUUAGCUGUCGGUGCUGGUGCCGCUGCUUUCGCUGCUUACUUAUUAUAA